GUGAGAGCUCUAGUAUGCGGGAGUAUUGCUUGAAAAACUUCACAGAUUAAUAUAGCAAGUGUAACCUGUAGUUUAGCCCAAUGAGCUACAAAACAACAAAAUAACGGAAAUAAUGUACUGCAGAUUUGGGCAAAGUCAGAGAUGAGUGAGAAGGCCAAAGACAGGGAUAUGUGUGGACUACAAAGUUCUCCACCCUGCAUAGGAGCAUUCCUGUAUAUCCUUAACUGUUUUCUUUUGUUGCUGCCCCAGAAGGAGAUUCUUGGCUGUCCGUCUGUUUGCCGGCUCUGCACAGGGAGGCAAGUUAACUGUCGUAACUUAGGUCUUUCAAGCAUCCCACAGAACUUUCCCAAAAAUACGGUUCUUGUAUACCUCAGUGGGAAUAACAUAUCACGUGUGAUUCCAAAUGAGUUAACAGGCCUUCAGAAACUUGCUGCACUGUACAUGGAUAAUUCCAGUAUUUCGUAUGUACAUCCGAAAGCUUUUGUGGAUCUCCAUAAACUGUGCUACCUGCAUCUAAAUAACAAUAAUAUUAAGCGCCUGGAUCCAGGAAUAUUUGAAGGUCUUUCCAGUCUUCGUUGUUUAUACCUGCAGAAUAAUCAAAUAGCUUUUGUUCCGAGAGGAUUAUUUAGUGAUCUCCUUUCUGUUAGAUAUUUAAUGCUUCAAAGGAAUCGUCUCAGUGUCCUUGGAAGCAAGACUUUUUUGGGAAUGAUAAGUCUCCAAACACUUAAUCUAGCCAAUAAUAAGAUUUCACGGAUAUCAGAUUCAGCAUUUUAUCACCUUGAUCACCUUGUGUAUUUGUACCUUGAAGGUAACAACUUAACAGUCGUGCCAUCAAAUGCCAUUGGAAUGCUCAAAAAUCUUGAAAGACUCUCUUUGUCUCACAAUCCCAUUGGAUCAAUACAUCCUUUUGCAUUUAAAGGACUUAACAAGCUCAGAUAUCUGUCUUUAAAAAGUGCAAAGCUAAAACAUAUUGCUAUAAAUGGGUUUUUUGGAUUAAACAACCUCAGACAGUUAAGAUUAAGUCAUAAUGAUUUAGAAAAUAUAAGUUCUAGCAGCUUUACUUUGUUGCAUAAUUUAAUGUAUCUGCAGCUAGACAGAAAUAAAAUAGCCACUAUUGAUGAUGGUACCUUUGCAAAUAUGGGGCAUUCGCUUAAAAUACUAAGUUUAGCAUUUAACAAUAUUACAGAGUUGCAGCCUGAAGUGCUCAAGCCCUUAGUGUCUUUAACUCACCUCCAGUUAAAUUAUAAUCCUUGGAACUGCAGCUGCAAAAUGCUUGGGUUACAUAAAUGGCUAUCAUCGUCUUCUGUUUCUGUAAAAAUUCAUUGUCAAAAUCCUCUCAGUAUGCGUGGUAGACCUUUGCAUUAUAUUAAGUGGACUCCAUUUGCCAACUGCAGUAGCCCUACUGCCAGUCCAGAAAAAAUCUGGAAUCUAGGAUCUGUAAAUAUUCAUCACAGCGCUACCACUUUCCUGAUGGCAUGGCAUAAGGUAGAGCGGCACAACACAUCUGAACAAUUUUUCAAUGUGGAUACUAGAUAUGUUAAUUUCUGGGAAGGAGCUACAGCAACAUCUGCUAACCCACUGCCUUAUGAAAAAAAUGCUGCUGAAAAUCCAUCACAGGCAACUAUGGUAUUAUCACUAUUGCCAGUGCAAAUACCAGCACAGAUCAUACCUGUUAACACAACCGUACAAGAUGAAAGUUUACCUCCAUCAGAUGCAGCAUCUGUGUCAUUAAAACCAUCUCUACUUUGUACACAACAAGUUGAAAAGCUGAACCAGGCUUUUGACAUUUUACUGGCUUUCUUCAUUGUGGCUUGUGCUGUAAUCCUGUUCCUAACAUACAAAAUUAUUCAGUUUAGGCAGAAAUUAAAGGUUUUAGAAAACUCAGGGGAAAAGAGAAUAGAAUAUUAUGGGUUUUAUCAGCCUGGCAGAUAUAGCAUAACUGACCCAAUGCAAUCUCUAACUCAGAAUUCAGUGGGAUGUUCAGAACUGGACCAAAUUAGGCUGCUCAAACGAACAGAAUCUGAGAGUCAGGCACAGGUCAUACUGUUUGAACAUUCAGCAUUGUGAUUUACCUCGUUUGAUGUGCUGUUAAAUUUAUUGUGAUCUGAAAUGUCAAAAGUCAAGAACUCAAUUUUCUAAAAAUUCCUUUACUAAUUAAAACUGGGUGACUAUAGUAUUGUGGAAAAUGACAAUUUCUGUUCUACAUUGUCAUUUUUUCCUGUUUUAGAAUUUAUUCACUUUGUUAGAUAUCAGUUAAGUUUGACAUGGAUAGAUAGAUUCCUGCAACAGGGACAAAGGAUAAAUAUUUCAUCUAUAACUCAAGUAUAUCAAAAGGUGUGCAGUAAGAAGUAUGCUUGUAUAUUUAUUAUUUAUCUUUAUUUUGUAGUCCUUAUUGAUAUUAAAUACGUAUAGAAAUUACUUAACUUGAAGAUGAGCAAGCAAAAUAGUUCAUUUUAUCAGGAUUGUGAAGCUAAAAAGUUGGUGCAAAUGAGAAUAGAAAAUUGCUUUAUAUAUUUAUUGUAAUGAGCAUUUUCUGUUCUGCCUUCAUUAGACACCACAGUGGAAAAACAGUGAACAUUCUUACAGCUAAUGUAUUUAAUCUUUCGAGGAAGCGAAAAAGCUGAAAUUAUAUAAAUUUGUUAAUACAUAUGACAUUUUAAUACACACAUUUGUGUAUUCAGUCUGUAUAGUGAAUAUAUUAAAAAUAUGAAUUUUUUUGUUUGCAUGUAUCUCAUUUUAUGAUCAUAACUGCAUCUGGAGUUAAUACAGCAAGUAACAUUACCUUGGACUGAAAAAUUGACAGUCUGUAAUGUGUCUUAAGAUAAUAGAACUCGUUAAUUAUUUUCUAGAAAAGAUAUCUUGUCAUCUGUGUAGCAGUAGCUUAAAGGUGUUUUUUGCAAGAUAAAUGAUAUAAACUGAAGAAGUGUACUUCAAAUGAAACUUCUAGGUUAAAUGCUGAAGAUACUUAAAUAUUUGUGAUGUAUGUUUGCAAGUGUCUGUCAAAGUACAUUUUCUCACUAAAGGCUAACUAAGCUUAGUCUUAGUUAAAUAACAGAUAUUAUUUCAAUAUGUACUUUGCAUUUGUUUCAACUUUUUUCCAUUUAUAU